AACCGAGGGCGCUUUUCCGAUCCGCCGGUUGACUGACAGUAUCGCGUCGGCCGGCGGCUCGCGAUGGUUCGGUACGCUGCGCUGAAAAGUCUCUAUGACAUCGACAAGACGAUCGGCACGGGCGGCUUUGCCAAAGUCAAACUGGCCACCCACUUGCUCACCGGCGAGAAAGUGGCCAUCAAAAUAAUGGACAAGGAACUGCUCGGCGAUGACUACCCAAGAGUUAAGAUGGAACUGCAGGCAUUGAAAAGCAUCUCGCACCACCAUAUCUGCAAGCUUUACCAGGUCCUUGAGACACCGACACAUUUUUUUAUGAUUAUGGAGUACUGCUCCGGCGGUGAAUUGUUCGAUCACAUUGUUGAGAAAAGCAAGCUGACAGAGGCGGAGGCGAGGUCAUUUUUCAGGCAGAUCCUCUCUGCAGUGGCUUACCUUCAUAAAAAGGGCUAUGCUCACCGUGAUCUGAAACCAGAAAACAUAUUGCUGGACAAAGAUCUCAAUCUAAAGUUAAUCGACUUUGGACUUUGUGCCAAUCCAGCCGGUGGAAUGUCAUCCCAUUUGAAAACUUCAUGUGGAUCGCCUACUUAUGCAGCACCUGAACUUAUUCAAGGGAAAAAAUAUUUAGGUUCUCAAGUAGAUGUUUGGAGCCUUGGAGUACUUUUAUACGCCCUCCUCUGUGGUUUUUUGCCAUUCGAUAGCGACUCGAUAGAAAGUUUAUACAAAAAAAUUUUAUCAGGAGUCUAUGAUGAGCCGCCCUGGCUGACGGAACAGAGCAAGAACAUAAUAAAAAACAUGCUUCAGAUCGAUCCUAAAAACCGUAUCACAAUCGACCAACUCCUUGUCCAUCCUUGGUUGACAAUGGGUUACUACGAACCCGUUUCAUACAACACGCUUCACGAGUUUCAUGAGAGGGAUGAGUCAGUUCUGGAAACGUUAGCAGAAUACUCUGGCUCUUCUGUUGAUCAAGUUUGGUCCAAUGUCAGCAAAUGGUGCUAUGACUAUGAAACAGCUACUUACCAGCUUCUUCUCGCAAAAAAGAAACUAGGUCUUCCAUUAAAACUGAACUACAGCCCUUACUGGCUCAGGCAGAGGAUUAAGAAAGGUGUUGCUACACCAUCCCGAAUCCCAGUACCAAUCAAUGUAUCAGAUGUCAGGAGCCCUCUAAGCCCUUCGAGAGAAUCGUAUGCCUGCCUGGUUAAUUCUUUGAACAGCAGAGGACGACGAUCGUCUUUCCAAGAGAAAGAAAAUUUAGUCACGCCAGUCAAAAAUUCAAGGAAAAGGAGCAGAUGCAAUGCUGGCGAUGAUUCUCCAAUUCCAAUCAAGAUAACACCUGGAAAAGAUAGAUUCACAAACAAUUUCAAGUCACCCUCAACUCCGACGAACAACUCGACUCCGAGCAAAGGAAAGUUAUUAUGCAGCAUAGAAAAGAAGAUCAACCAAGUCAGGAACGUCCUCACGCCAAGGAAAAAGGCAAUGUCGAAUAAAUCAACACUACCAAUUCUUACAACAAAGAGUCUUUGCAAUGUUUCUACAACAUCUUUUACAAACCCCGAGCAAGUCCUUGCAGAACUCCGGGAUGCCUUGUGCCAGAAAGGGAUUUUCUGUAAAAACAAAGGUUUUACAUUGAGAGGGAAAAUUGAAGAUCACAAGGCCACCGGCGGGCUUGGAAGUUGCAAGCUCUAUUUCGAACUUGAAGUCUGCCUUGUCCGGCCUUCAGAAAACUCAGAACCGAUCGUCGGAAUCAGACGUAAACGGCUGAAAGGCGACGCCUGGUGUUAUCGUAAAGUAUGCGAGGAAGUGCUCAAGCUCACUACAGAAAAGGCUAUUAAGGAAUAAAAGAUGAAUAUCUUUU